CCCCUUCAUAGCACACUGCGCAAGCGUUUAGUCGUCCCUUGACGACGUUUGAUUUGUUCUAAUUCUCAUUUUCUUUCAAUGUUCAUUUUGCCACAAAUUCUGCCUAGACCAUUGGUCGAGAUGAUGCCUGAUUUGGAGAGGGGUCGAGAUGAGACGAUACGUAAGAGGAGAAAAGGGGGUGAAACCGGCACAACGUGUGUUUUGCAAUUCAUUCCGAGAUGGACAGGGGAGUGGGGGGAGGUUUCUAAAGAAAGCUUUGUAUAGUCGAGUCGGGAUGAGAGAAAAGGCCAGGCAGCCAGCCAACCCUUCGGAACUUCUUCAAUUCUCAUGCAUGUCUUGCUACUUAUUGUAUCUGGUAAAGGAAUGGAUCUCGACGGCAGUUGUUUCUAGUCCAUUCUCGUGUCCAUACCAUCUACGUCUGAUAGUUUGCUUACUGAUAUCAAGGUAACUCUCUCGAAAUCGACCAAGUGAUCUAAGUAUAGUUGUCCGAUCAUCACCCAGGGGCCUACGUAAGAUUUUCCCCCCCACUCUUCGUCAACUCGGGGGGGGAGAGACCUCUCGCCAUCUUC